CCUCUCUCUCUCUCUCUGUCCUACCUACUUCUUAUUCAUCUCUCUCUCUCUCAAGCUCUUCUUCAAUAAUGGGCUGUGCAAGCUCCAAGCAAUCGAAAUGCCGCCACUGCGGCAAGGACCCAUCUUUAUCUCGGAGCAAUUCAGUGCCUCUUCACCUUCCCGUCCCCGUCCACCACCCAGCCCAGCGUAAUGGCGACAGUUACCACAUAGUCGCCCUCACUUCUUCCACAUUGGGUUCUCUCAAGCUUGAUUCCCCCCUACACAAUCACUACGAUCACCAUGAUCACAUCUCCACCAAUAAUGGUACUACUGCUCUCUACAAACACAACGACGACGACCACGAAGAAGAUUAUGACAACAGUGACGACGAUGUCUCGGAUCAUAAUUGCAGAGAGAAGAAGCAGAGAAAUAAUUCCAUUAAUACACAACACAACAGCGAAAGCAAGGAGGUAUUUUCCAGGGAGAUACGAUUAGCCAAGACGUGGUCCGACAUGAUCGACCAGAAGAUCCCCAAGGUCGUUCCCACGACCCCUAUCAGAACCCCACCGGGCGAACCAGAGAACAUCAACACCUGGGAAUUAAUGGAAGGCUUAGAAGACAGCAGUCAUCUCCGCCUCCCCAGUUUCGCAGACCCAGAACGCUGCUUCUCCUUUCACGCUGUCUGCAAUGCCUCCCCUUUUGAUCUCUCUAGUCCCAAAUUAAAGCAGGGAAACGGCAACGAAACGCACAUACCCCCAUGGCUUCAAAUAUCCAACACCGAUCCUGAUCCUGAUCCUGAUCCCGAUCCCGAUCCCGAUCCCAAUCCCAAGCCCAAGCCCAUCGUCUCGGAUUUUGAUCCGGAGAUUAUCUCGACCUUCAGAAAGGCCCUCGAAGAAAUAUCGCCGACGAACACUUCCCUUCUCCGGUCGCCGGAGGAGGCCGAGAAGAUGGUAUCCCCGAUCAAUAACGGGUGGUGUUUGAUCCUGUCAUCCAAGGAAGAGGAGGUGGACACCCACUACAACGUGUUAAACGGUGGUUUCAUGACGACCACUGGGUGUCAUCAGUGCCCACCAGGUGGGGAGGACAAGGUAGUGAUAUACUUCACGAGCCUGAGAGGGGUUAGGAAGACUUACGAAGAUUGCUGCCAGGUGAGGGUGAUCAUGAAAGGGUUAGGUGUUCGAUUGGACGAGAGGGACGUAUCGAUGCACUUCGGGUUCAAAGAAGAGCUGAAGGAGUUGUUAGGGGAUAGGUACAGAGGUAUUGGGCUGCCCAGGGUGUUCGUGAAGGGGAAUUACAUUGGUGGUGUCGAUGAGAUAAGACAAUUGCACGAGGACGGAGGUCUAGAGAAACUUGUUCAUGGGUGUGAGAAGGUGGACGAUUCCUGUGGUGGUGGUGGGUUGUGCGAGGCCUGUGGGGAUAUUAGGUUUGUGCCCUGUAAGAGGUGUUCGGGGAGUUGUAAGAUCUAUUACGAAAGUGGAGAUCAUGAAGAUGAGGAGGAGGAGGAGGAGGAGGAGGACACUACUCAUGAAUCUGAAUAUGGGUUUGUACGAUGCCCUGAUUGCAAUGAGAAUGGGAUCGUACGGUGCCCUGUUUGUUGUUAGUUCUUUACAAUUACAACUU